CUCUCCCGAAUGCUCGAGUCGAAUAGGAUUAUCUCGCUCGUGAUUCAGCCUCCGCAAAUAAGUGUUUCACCGGAUGUUUCCUCGUGUAUCACGCCAUCGGUUAUUAGCCGCCAAACCGUGUGGGACAUUGCACGCGCAACUGUACAUACGCACACAUGCGCGCGUCGUGCACUUCCGGAGUUCACAAAGUUCACGACAUGUAAAUUGGAGCUAAUUUUCAACGAGCGAGCCCCGAGUGUCCUUUCUUUUUUAGUAGGUUUGAAAAUGUCGGUCAAAUCCGCUAAAAGGAGAAUUAACCGCGCGAAUAUUGUACAAUGUUUCAAUGAAGCGACAUCCACUUGUAUUAAAUUUAUAUUUUUGUUUGGUUUCGCCGAAAAGUUUGGUUACACGACAUUUUCCCGAAAACUAGAUGAGAAAAUGUUGGUACUAACCAAAUUCUCUAGGCAAUACCGUUUCAAUUUCUGCAGACAAGAUUUAUGAUUGAAAUCUGGUUUUCCAUAUUAAAAUCAUUGUCAGCCGAGAAACAAAAUCUGUGCAAGAUAAAAUAGAAACAUAAA